AUGGCACCAAUCAUUCACCUUAUCCGUCAUGCUGAAUCAGAACACAAUCUUUUUAAAGACUUUUCUCAGCUAGAUCCGCCCUUGACUCCUCUCGGUUACGACCAAGCUGCUCGUCUGGUCACCACGUUUCCCCAUCCGGGGCGAACUGCGGAAGUAACCACCUCCCCACUUCGACGCGCCAGACAAACCUCCCUAACCGGUUUUUGUCAUGUUCUCGACAGGCGAUACUUCGACCAAGCUUCGGGACGUGGUGUUGAGCAGGGAAUUGCGCUCACUUUAGAACCUAAUCUACAAGAACGAAGCGCGAUGCCUUGUGAUACUGGCUCGGAGCGCCAUGAAUUGGAGAGGGAAUUCCUGAAUUUGGAUUUGGAGCAGUUGAGUGAGAACUGGCAGGCUAAAGUAGGGCAAUACGCAGAAGACGACGAUUCAGUCACACUAAGGGCUGCAAAGAUGAGGGAGAGGCUCAGGGAACUGACCUUGGCCUUACAUGGCAAGGAGAGGAGAGAUAUUGUCGUUAUCACGCAUGGCGUCUUCAUGAAAUUCUUAUCUGGCGAAGAGAAUAUUGAUCUGCCUAAGGCCGGAUGGAAAUCCUACAUAAUCAAAGAGAACAAAGAGGAUGGGUUAGUAAUCUUGACCCCAGUUGAACAACUCGAGGAAUAG